AUGUUCACAAUACACUUGGAUGACAUUCCUGUCUUCGUUAGAGGUAUUCGAGAGCACAACACCAAACUGAGAUUGGAUUCAGAGUCACAUCUGCGUCUCGUAGACAGUCCAGCACCAAAGAAAUGCCUGUUGUUGCGACACCCAGUCAACGGUCUGAGAUGUACUGUCUUGAUAGACGGGAUAGCACUUACUAAAAUCCGCACAAAGCAAGUGAGUGCCUGGCUAACACCAACCACUCAUACGGAACUUCGCGGUUUUGUAGACCUGUCAGGUUGUUGUAGGCGUUGGAUUGAACGCUUUGCCAAGAUCGAGCGCUUUUUGCCGCAACUAAUGGAAAAGCAGGUAAUGGAAUAA